CAAAGCUUUAGUCGCCCACUUACUGUAAUUUUGAGUCUUCCUUCCUAUCAAGAUGAUCAGUCCAACUAGAUUCUUCUUUUUGCUUACAAUUUACUGCAGAACAGUCUACGUGUUCGACCUAUUUGCCCCCACUGGCUGCAAAAACGCUGACCUUACCGUAACUUUGAAAAAUCCUUCAAACAGUCCGAUAAAAGGACAGUGUCAGAAUAGCAACCAAGGAAGGAAGUACCAUGCGUUCACGAAUAUACCAUAUGCAGAACCACCUUUAGGAGAAAGAAGAUUUCAGCCACCUGAACCUGUACACUCAUGGAAAAAAACCCUUGAUGCUACGAAAACAAAUAAAGUUUGCUUGCAAGAUCCAAUACUACAGGGUGCUGGUUACAUUUAUGGCACUGAGGACUGUUUGGUUCUUAACGUUUAUACUCCCCGGAUAUCAAACGACCCGUCGAAAUUACUUCCGGUUUUAUUUUGGAUUCCUGGAGGUGGUUUUCAAUGGGGAUCUGGAGCAAAAAUUAUUGGAACCGGAUUUUUCGACCAUUACGAUCCCGGAUUCUUCAUGGACGAAGAAAUUGUUGUAGUUACUAUAAACUAUCGGCUAGGUGCUCUAGGCUUUCUAACAACAGAAGAUGACAUCAUACCAGCGAAUUUAGGCCUUAGAGACCAGAAUUUUGCAUUAAAAUGGGUUAUAGAUAACAUUGAACUGUUUGGUGGUGAUCCCAAGGAUAUCGUCAUUACAGGAGAAAGUGCAGGAGCCGCUAGCACAUGUUUCCAACUUCUAUCUAAUGGAAAAGAAAUGGAGUCAGUAACUGGUGCUAUAAUGAUCAGUGGCACAUGUUUGGCUCCUUGGGCAUUGAAUAUGGAUGCCAGGAUGGAAGCGUUCAAACUUGGAAAAAGAUUAGGGCUAGAUUCCUUUAAUGAUAGCUCCAGAAGUCUCUUGGAAAAGCUGCAAAGUGUGCCGGCAAAAAAGCUUAUGCGUGAAGCAGGGUUGCACUAUCAGAUUGAUAAAACUGACGACGGAAGCAUUCGAAUGGAGUAUUCACCGGUUUUGGCGAAAGACAUGUUUCCAAAAGAACCAAUGGGCGAUGCUAUAAGCCAGGGACGUUUCCACAAAGUUCCACUUCUGUUUGGCCUUAACUCGGAAGAAUGUAUUUCGCCAAUAUUUUUGGGAUUUGUACCUCAGAUUAAAAGAAAAGCCAAAAUGUGGGAUGAAGAGCCUUCAAGAAUGAUACAAGUAAACGUGAAGGUGGAUGACAGGCUUAAGGCUGCUGAAGAUAUGAAGGCAUUGUAUACGAAUAAAAGUUUUUCUGACGAUAUAGCAGCGGUGGUAAAGUUUUCGUCCGACGAUUUCUUCGUGCUUCCCGUGGUGAAGCAUGCGGAAAGUGCUUCGAAAAAUGACGUCCCGGUCUACAUGUAUGAGUUAGGUUAUCGCUUUCUACCACAUUUUGUACCAGGUGUAGAAGGGCUUGCUCAUGCAGAAGACCUGCUGUUAUACUGGGACACAACUAUAACUAAGACAAACAGAUUGCUAAUCCCACACUUCAAACUAAUCUCGGAAAGAAUGGUGAAAAUACUCAGCAAUUUUGUGAAACACAAAAAACCAGUUAUCAAGAAGGAAAAGCUUUUCGAAGACCUGGAAUGGCCUGAAUUUGAUAGCAAAGACCUGCAGUUUAUGAUGAUAAAUACACAUUUGGCAUUAGACACUGAUCCAAAGAACUAUUCUGUGAAACGUACUGUAUGGGAGAGGCACUUGCAGAAACCAGUUACUGUUUAUUAAUAUUGAAUUAUUAGAUCACGUUUGUACAUAUAUGUAUAUAUAUAUAUAGGGUGGUGCCUCGGAAACGAAACAGGCGCAUUUACUGGCAGCUCAGUUUUUUUUUAAACGCUCAGACCCGUCGAUUUUGUUUUCGAGGGGGACACAAGUUUGGCAAAAAAUCACGUUAGCACGUGCAGCCUCCUAAGCGGGGGUGACACCACCCCCAAAAUCUUAAAUGGAAAGGGGGGUCGAGUGAUGCCUUAUUUUAAAGGUCUUUCAGUUCCCUUUAUAAUGAUAUAAAAUUAAUGUACUUCAGUUCAGUAGUUUUGAAAAUUUAUUGAUUCAAAGCUUAAAGUAGACUUUAAUAGGUACAUCAGAU